AAAAUCCUGGGCAGAUUUAGGGAUGUUCUGUCUGACUGAUAUACUACUAAUCCUUCAUAGAACAUAACUGGGAAUAAAUUUGUCCCGCUUUGUUAAAUUAUAGCUCAGUGUGACUCACAGUGUUAAAGUGUUUGAUGCUGCACACCUUUAAACAUGACCCAACUCUAACAUUUGUUUAAUGACGUGCCACAAUUGCCCACGUAGCAUUAGCACAUUUAUUAGGACUGAAAGGCAUGACAUGGCAUGACAUAGCAGAGGCACUGAAACGCGCUAGAACUAAAGCUAUCAUGUUAUUAUUACGUUUGGACUAUUUCGGGUAUGUAUGAUUAUUAACACAUGGAUGGAUGGAUUAGAGUCUUUACAAACAGGAUGUCCGAAUCAAAACAACAAAUGGUUUAUAUGUCAUGAAGGGCGGGCUGUUUAGUGUGUCCAGAAGAGACUGCGUCUUAAUUUAACCUAGAAAAGUUAACUCGUAUACUAUUCGGUGGUGAAACGAAGGAAACAAAAACCACAUUUUUGUACUAUGAGGUUCAGGUAUUUGCUUCGAGCAAAUCUUCGUCUUUAGGUCCUUCUGAAGCGACACUGAGCGCGCGCACACACCUGGACCAGGUGAAGUUAAAGUGGCAAGAACUAGUGAUAUUUCUGAGCUUCCUAUGAGGAAAAUGCUGCAAGGUUGAGACAGGUGGCAACAUGAGCUCACACGUUCAGGAGUUAUUUCAUGAAAAUGCCCAGGGCUCUCAGAUGAAUGCUCAGCCAUGGUGGAAGGUGAAACUGUUUGUGUGGGAGCCUGUCCUGUUUGGCACCUGGGAUGGUGUCUUUACAACCUGCAUGAUCAACAUUUUUGGUGUUGUGCUUUUUCUCCGCACCGGAUGGCUUGUAGGUAACACCGGGGUGCUCCUGGGCAUACUCCUGGUGUCACUGGUUGUGCUGGUUGCACUGGUGACUGUUAUGUCAGGUGUGGGUGUGUGUGAACGGUGUACCGUGGGCAAUGGGGGCGUAUAUUCCAUGAUCUCCAUGGUUCUCGGAGGAAGAGUCGGAGGCACUGUUGGACUCCUCUAUGUGUUUGGGCAGUGUGUGGCUGGAGCCAUGUACAUCACUGGCUUUGCGGAGUCCAUAGCCGAGAUGCUGACUGUUCAGAGUGUUUGGGCUGUCCGGGGUAUCUCUGUGGCUGUCCUCCUGGGCCUGCUUGGGAUUAACCUGGCUGGAGUAAAGUGGAUUGUCCGGCUGCAGCUCGUCCUGUUGGCCAUACUUGCUGUAUCUACUCUGGAUUUUGUAAUUGGAACCUUCAGCCAUUUGGACCCAGAGCAUGGAUUUGUUGGCUAUUCUGAAGAGCUUUUAUGGAGGAAUAUUCUGCCUGACUACACAGCUGGAGAAACUUUCUUUACUGUUUUUGGGGUUUUCUUUCCUGCUGCAACAGGCGUGAUGGCGGGGUUCAACAUGAGUUCAGAUCUUCAUAAACCAGAGCAUAGCAUACCUUUGGGGACCCUGGCAGCUGUGUUCAUCUCGUGGUUCCUAUACCUUGUUUUUGUGUUCUUGCUGGGAGCCAUCUGUACCAGAGAUGCUCUACGCUAUGAUUUCUUAAUAGCAGAAAAGGUCUCCUUGGUGGGUUUCCUUUUCCUGAUGGGUCUCUAUGUGUCUUCCCUGGCCUCUUGCAUGGGUGGUCUGUAUGGAGCACCCAGGGUCCUGCAGUGCAUCGCCCAAGAGAGAGUAAUCCCAGCUCUGUCUUUCCUGGGACAAGGGAAGGGUCCUAAUAAAACUCCAAUAGCAGCCAUUUGUCUAACAAGCUUACUCUCCAUGGCCUUCAUCUUCAUUGGUCAGGUCAACAUUCUGGCUCCUAUUGUUACCAUCAACUUCAUGCUGACCUACAGCAUCAUCGACUAUUCCUAUUUCAGCGUAGCCAUGAGCUACAACCUACAAGUUAAGGAAAGGAGGCCUCUCAUUGAAAAACCCUGCACUAGAAAACCACUAGUAACAACCAAUCACCCAUGUUAUGGCAGCAGUGGAGCUCUGAGCAAGUGCAGCAAUGGCACACUGCUUGAGUUCACUAAAGACAUGGACCAGAUAUUUACAUUGCCUAGUGCAGACAAUACAGAGGAAGAGAAAGCGUCCAAUCAUGUAGCCAAGGUCUGGGGCAGGAAGGCAAAAGUUCCUGCUAAAGAAACACUGAGCAGUAGUUUUGGGCUGGAUUUGAACAGCAACAGCCCAUCAGUGAAGGAAAAGGAUGGCCCAGAUGAUGAGACCAGCAGUCAGACAGGGCUUAUUGAGUCUGAGCCAGGAGGGAAGAGGAAACUGUCUCUGCCUACUCAUAGUCCUAUUGAACUCGAUCAGAUACCAGGGGAGAAGGCAGACACCAAUGACACAAAACCUAAACUGGAGGGAUCAGAUAUCCGACCAGUCUCAAAUUCAUGUUAUGCCAAGUUUUGCAAUCACUGGGUUUCCUUAAUUGGUGCUCUGUGCUCCAUUUUGAUAAUGUUUGUCAUCCAGUGGGUGUAUGCCUUGGUGAAUAUUAGUGUGGCCCUCCUCCUUUAUCUCUACAUAGGAAACACAAGCCCAGGUUUACCAACAGGUAUAGCAGCACAUUUCAGCUUUUACCGCUGGAUAAAGAGUUCUCUGAGUAGCCUGGGCAGGCCACACCAAGUGCUUCAAGACCAGAUUGUGGUGACACCGUCUUUGUCAGCAGUUGACAUGGAAACCAGACAGUUGACGGAGGAAAAUACAGACUUUGCCUUGCGAGACCGCUAUCACCAUUCAUCUAUUAUCACCACCAAAGAAGAGAUGGUUCAUCCUCAGCUUCAUUAACUAGCAUCAUCCUAUUCAGAUUGGCCAACAUAUAACAUUUUAAAAAACUUUCAGAUGAUUCAGAAUAAGUUUACAAUCAUUAUUGACAAGUGUUAAUAGCUGAUCUUUGAUUGGUACUUCUUCUCUGACAUGUCUUAAUGACAACUAGUUUGAAACACAAUGUAUGAACUGUAAACACAAUGUUUCGAUAGCUAUAAUGCCUUGAGGUCUGAAAGUAUAAUGCAAAAAUAUGGAUGAUGCUUGUGAGUUAUUUUGUUCAAUUGAACUCUUUUCUUCAUUUAUUCAUUUUAAGUAUAUUGCUUAUCCCAGUAAGGAUUGUGAUGGAUCCCAAGCCUGUCCUGAGAACCCUAUUUGGGAAGCCAUACACAAGAAAUUUUACAAGCUAAUUCACACCUGGGGCAAUUCAGCUACCCUUAUGAAGAAAAUCUAAUUAGACAUAGGAAGAAUCUGUGAAGCUCCAAACAAACACUAACCCAAGCCCUGAAACACAAGCUGUGAAGUAUGGCAUUUUUUUCAGUAUACCAUGAUUCUGUGUUAUUAUCUGGGAAAUCAGAAGGAUGUGAAAUGAUGAUUUAUAAGAAGUGCAAUAGAAACUAGUAUAUUGGUGUUAUUAUAGUUGUGAAAUUCUUUAUAGGCUGUAUGUUAUUUAUAUUUAAAUGGGUGUUUUGUACAGUGAGGCAGAUAAAGAUAAAAAUAUGUUCCUCAUACAGUAUUUGCACUUUGCUAAACUAGUGUGUUAGUAAACAAAUCUCUCCCCAUCA